AUUUUAAUACUGAAAUGGCAAGACAAGUAUUCUUAUUUAAUCUAUAAAUAUUGUAUAUAAAUUCAAACAUAAGACCAUCUCAAAUAUUUAUACACUAAAUCAUUAAAAAUACAAAAAUGAAGUACCCUUCAAUGCUAAUGUCUUCUCUAAUCUUCUCCAUCCUCAUCUUUCUCCUUAUCGGACCAACAAUUGCUCAAGAAGUCGAUGAUGAGACAGAAUUUGACUACAUAAGAGGAAGUGAAAGAGGGCCAGAAAAAUGGGGACAUAUAAAGGAAGAAUGGGAGACUUGUAAAACGGGUUUAAUGCAAUCGCCAAUUGAUCUAUUACAUAGACGAGUUCAAGUAUUGCCCAAAUCUGAAGAAAUUGUCAAAAAUUAUAGGACUGGUAAUGCUACUGUCAAAAAUAGAGGACAUGAUAUUAUGAUUGAGUGGGAAAAUGGACACAGUUCAAUACAGAUGAAUAGCACUACUUAUAUCCUUAGGCAAUGCCAUUGGCACUCCCCAUCAGAGCACACUAUAAAUGGCAUAAGGUUUGCUGCAGAAUUGCACUUGGUACAUCAAAGCUUAGAUAACAAGAUUGCUGUUAUUGGACUUCUUUACAAGCUUGGCAAACCUAAUCUAUUCCUUACAAAGCUCAUGAAAAAAUUAGAAUUAGUACCUCAUGCUCUAGACAAGACAAACGCCGGUGAAAUUAAUCCUGGAGAAAUAAAGUUUAGAGGAAAUAAGUACUACAGAUAUACGGGCUCAUUAACCACUCCUCCUUGUACUGAAGGUGUCAUUUGGACUGUCGAUAAACGGGUUGCUACAAUUUCGGAACAUCAAGUAGCAAUGAUGCGAGAAGUUGUUCAUGACGAUGCGGAGAAAAAUGCAAGACCGGUGCAUCCAAAGAAUGGAAGGAAGAUUCGACUUUAUACAACGACUAUCAAGAGUCGUAACGGAGAAAAUUAGGAGUAUUUUUUGGUAUGAUAUUAUGUCACAUUUGGGGUGUACAUCUAUUGCGAGUAUUAAAAUUACAAAUUGUGUGAGUUUUUAACUCAGCAGGGCUUUCUCUUCAACUUUAAAUGAAAAUAAAAUAGUGCAUUUUGAAUGUGUGAUUAUGGUAACAGAAAAUCAAAUUGGUUUGACUACACACAAAAACAAUUGUAUCCAGACAUAUUGAAUAUAGUUGUGUCCGCUUUUAAAA